CGCUCCCCUACCAACUGCGAUCGUCAACGUAUAUAUAUAUUCCUCUAUCAGAUAGUUAGCCUCGAGUUCACAUCAGUGGCGACCGAGCUGUUCUAACCGAAUUGUUCGAAAAAUCAAUUCUACGCAUAAAAAUAUACAAAUUUAGAAAGUUUGAAAAAAUCCAUGAUAAGGGCGUUAUACUGCAUAUUUGCCAAAGAAAGGGCAGACAAAAAGAGAAUAUUAUUUAAGCAAAAAUAAGGGUAAGAAUAAGAUAUUUGCAACUUAAUAUGACAGACUUGAAAGAACACUACCAAUCUAACGACGCGUCGCAUUCUACGAUACAGUUCAUAAUAAACGAGUUCGAAGAAGAAUUACAAAAUAUGUCUGGAAAGUGUACAGACAUCGGUUGUGGCCACGGAGAUCAAACAAGAAAUAAUCUUUUGCCAGCUCUUAAUCCGAAAGCAGUAAUAACUGGUGUGGAUCUUUCGGAGGACAUGAUUAAACAUGCGAUACAAGCACACAGUGAUGAGAAGCGAAUAGAAUUCUACAUAUUGGACAUCGAAAUUAAAAAUUUACCUGAGAAAUACAUUUCUAAAUAUGAUCAUGUAUUCUCAUUUUAUAGUUUGCAUUGGUGCAAUGAUAUUCGGCAAGCGUUUGAGAAUAUAUAUCGUUUACUUCGACCUAGCGGAACUAUGUUUGCAAUACUAAUUCAAACUCACGAUAUACUUGAGAUUUUACUUGAUAUGUCGAAAGAUAUCCGUUAUUCACCGUACAUGAAGGAUAAAGAGAAAUUUAUUCCGCCAUUUUAUAAUUCAAUUUAUCCUGAAAAAGAGCUAAAAACAUUACUUAAAAAUAUAGGAUUUAAAGUUCAUCAUUGCAGUCUUCGAGAAAGAACUUACUCCAUUCAAAUAGCACAAAAACUUCCACACAAAAUAAUGGCUUUUGCCCAAAUAUUUAUGGAAAACAUGCCUUGCGAUUUAAAGGAACAAUUCAAAGAUGAGUUUAUACAGGAACAUGAAAGAAGAAGAUUGUACUAUAAACAACUGCAUAACCAAGAAGAAAGAAUUGUAUCAGAUCUACACGAAAUAUUGGUAGUUUACGCAAAAAAAUAACGAUGAAGAACGAUAUUGAAGUUACGUGAAUGUUGGAAUUGCGCAUCAUCGAUCUUACAAUUAUUAAAACUAUACACUAAUUUUAGAGUCAUAAUUUUUAAUCUAUUUUAUUAAGAUAAUACUAUAAUUAAGGGAUUACUAUUAUGGGUUCUGAUUUUGUAUUCAACUUGGAAAAUAUAUUAAUAUAAAAUGCCAAA